UAACAGCAACGUCAGUCUUGCCCCCCAUCGUAAGUACGUUUGGCUGGCGUCACUGUACACAAUUUAGUUAAUAAGUAAUUUAUUUAUUAGGUGUAUACCUUCUUAUAUAGGUCUUCUCUCUUCAAAAAUUUUGUUCGUUACUCUUAUCUUAAACAAUCUUCAUUCUCAUAGUUUUCGAUUACGUUCCACGAAUUUUUCACGCCGGUCGAUGGUGUAUCGUUAUACGAAAGUCUAAAAACUUGUGUUUAAGUGUUUAUUUUGUUCUAUUUGAAAUAAGUAUCCGGUGUGUGUUGUGAAAGUUCAUUUUUUGUGUUUUCGUUUUUAUGAUAAAAGAUUAAAUCAAUAGUAAACCCAUUUCUCGUAUUGGAUUUUGUAAAAUUUUAACAAUUAUUUUGAUGAAUGUCAUAAGUCAUGCAGAAACUCAAAGGUGUACGUUUGGAAAAUCUGCCAUGCGUCAACAAUUUCUUUUCAUUGUUUUUUGGCAGUGAUGGUCAUUAUAAUAGAAUUUUUGGACAAAGGAAAGCCUCCAUGAAAAAUAUGCAAAAUGCCUCGUUAUGCCCUUCCACACUUAGUAUUGGUCAUCUGAUAAGGCAUGACGACCGAAUCAAACGACCAGCCACUGCGUUCAGCUGGGCUUCUGUACACCAUUUCGAGCGCCCAAAAUCGGUGUUCGUGUAAUAGUUUAUCUUGUAAUCAUGGCGUCGUCGCUCAAUCGGCGGCUGCCGCUAGCAUGAACCAAGAGCCUAAUAAUUACUGCAAUUUGUCAGAAUAUAAUCAAAUUGCAUCCACUGAGUUUAACAAAUUAAAUAACGUUUCAAGUUCUACUGUUGUGGCUAAAAUUUCAAGUAGUAUAGUUUCUACUCCAGCUGCUUAUGUAUCUUCUAUUACUGUACCAAGUGGAUGGAAGCGAAUUAGCAAUAGUGGAGAAAUUUGUUAUAUAAGUCCUAGCAAUACAGUUCUAAAUUCUUUGGAUCAAGUCAAGACUUAUUUAAAAACUCAGGGUACCUGCAAGUGUGGUCUUGAAUGUCCAUUACAUAGUGAACAAGUCUUCAAUUUUGAUGUUACGGUGUUAGCUAAACCAACUUCUGAUUUAGACAUUAUGACAAAUCUGUGUAAUCAUAAAAGGAAAAUGAUGUUUAACAAUGUUGAUAAUAGAUUUGGAAAAAGUUCUUAUGAAUUGGCUGAUAAUCGUAAAAAGAGAAAAAUGUCUAGUAUUCAACAACAGUUUUCAUAUCCUUCAUAUGAUGGUGAUAAUACUAUUGAAAAAGAAAACUAUUUACAUUCAAUGGGUUCUCAACAGAUGCAAUGGCCAGAUGUUUGUGCUGAGACCAUCAAUCAAGUGAAAUUUCAUCCUUCAACAUCGGAUUCAUUAUUACAUUCUCAAAUGCAUCCCAUUAUGACUCAAAAUUCACCUACCUUGAUGAAUUCUCAAGGAACUGUAAGGUCUACAUCUCAAACAAUGAUGCCUAAUUCUCAAGGAACUACGCCAUCCUCUAAUCAAGAACUUCCUAUGUUAAAUAUUCAAGGUGUAGAUAUCGAAAAUUCUAGACACUCACAUUAUCCAAAUAAUUACUAUAACUUGGAAGUAGAUUAUGAUCAAACUAAUAGAAAUGGUUUAAGGUACAAUUCUCCUCCUAACCGAUCUCAUGACAUGGAUACUAUUCAACCAAAUUUAUCUUGUCAAACUAAUCACCAUCAAUUUAAUUGUGAUACUAAUUCACAAGAGUUUUAUCACAAGAACAAUAUGUAUCAACAUGAACAAAUGCAAUAUAGUAAUUAUGAUAGCCAAAGAAUUCAAAAAAGUUUUAAUUGUUCUAGUCAUUGUGAACAGUAUUGUAAUCCUGGAGAACCAAAUCCUAGUUAUGAUAAUCAAAUGAAUCCAUUUCAACAGACAUCUCAGCCACAGCUACCAAGAAAUCAUGGAUCUACCAACCAUCAGUAUUUCCAACAAAUGUAUCAAGAUCAAAACAAUUAUCAAACAGAAUCUUAUCCAGACAAUAAUAAUGGACAGCGCGAUGAAUUCACAUCACAUUAUCAAUUUGAGUCUAAUACUCCAUCUCAGUGCCAUCACAUAGAUUGUAAUUGUAAAACAUGUAUUCCUAAUAAAAAUACUGUGGAAAAACCUAUCGAGACUUCACAAAUAAAGCCAUUAGUACCUCAGUUAAAGUCAGCUCAAUCUCAAAAUGAUUACCAAAAUACUCAAACUACUAUGAAACCUUCUAUAACAUCUCAAAAUAAAUCUACACCCCCUUGGCAAUUAAAUAAGUAUAACCAAACAACACAAGUUGUCACUCAAGAUACCUCCAAAAAGUUAGUUGAAGAACGAGUGCCUCCUAUUAAUUCACAAACACCUCAUAUCAAUGUCAGAGCAGAAGAUAGAAUUCGUAAACCAAUUAAACAGUUGAAUAAACAACCAAUUUACAGUAAAAAACCCAAAUCACCAUCCGAAGAAAACAUUUAUCCUUCCUUUUUGGAUGAUCCUAGUGGUUAUUUAGCUCAACAAACUGCUUUACUUAAUAGUACAAUUAGUACAAAUUCAUUCUCACCAUUAUCUCCUCCUAUCCAAUUACAAAAACCUGAGAAGCCAAGAUUCACUACAAAUGUUACAACUAUGGCUAGUGGUAAAACUGCAAGCUGUAAUACAGUUACAUCAGUAUUAGCUGGUAGAACUAAUACAUCCGUUGUCACUGUUAAUACUUCAGAAGAACAGGCAAUACCUGUUGGACAACAAAAUGUUCCUAAUAAAACUCCUUUAGAAAUGGUGCAAAGUGUAGUGAGUAGUAUUCAAAUACCUCCUACAUCUGAAAAACAGGAUAAUGUACAACCAAGCCAUAUUUUAUUUACAAGUAAUGGUCAACUAAUGAUGGCAUCAACUAAAAUUCAAUCACCAAACACUUCUCAAGUUCUUUCUGCCGUACAGCAACAAGUGCAACCCACUGUUUUAGUUAACACGCUGCAAGGAACUCAAGGAACAUUACUACUUCAACCUGGUAAUGUUAUGACAGUAGAUCAAGUUCAAGUGCCUCAACUUACAGUUACAACUGGAAAUGUUGACACUGGAUCAUUUUCACCCAGGAGUUCUAAUUUAUUAUCAUCACCAGACUGCAAGCGUAAAAUAAAUAAUGUCAAGAAACGUAAAUCUCCUCAAAUUUCCCCUAAUCAGAGCAAUUCCAAUGUAAUGUUACAUUCUCCUCAGCAAAAUUAUCACCAACCCGUUGUUCAAACAUUAAUACUACCUAAUAAAACUACUCAGUAUAGCAAUCAACAGCUUAUUACUAAUGUGUUGCAGCCAGUUAGUCUUGUUCAUAAUGUUCCUGCAAUUCAACAAUUUAUUGUUCCAACAAACCUUGGAGGUGUUGUAAUGACAGACAAUACUAUAUUGCAAGAUGGUGUACAUUUAAAUGUUUUAACACCAUUUGCAAAUACUGGACAAAAUAUAUUACCUACUGGUAUGGUAUUGAGAACAGCUCAAACACAACAAAGGCACCAGCAAAAUAAUCAAUUUAUAGUCAAUAGUGUUGGACAACUAAGUCCAAUUUUGACUGCUAAUUUAAAUCAAACUCAACAUCAAAGUCAGAAUAGAAGUCAGCAACAAAAUGAAAUUAUACAUGUAGUACCUUGUUCUGUACAACAAAGUCAAGAUAAUACAACAGUUGUUCAACAAAAUACAACUAUAGUUCAACAGCAAAUGACAAUGGUAUCUGGACAACAAAGUAAUGAGCAAAGCAAUUUGUUAAUUAAUGAAAAACAAGGGCAAAAUUUUAUUUUAGCUGACAACAAGCAGCAUGGUUUUAUUUUAAGUCCAAAAGAUAAGCAACAUACUGGUACACAUUACAUAUUAAAUAAUGUAAAUUCGGAAAAAAAAACACAAAGCUUUAUUAUUACUAGUCCAACUUCUAGUGAAAAACAGUUGUGUGGAAAUUUUAUUCUAGAAAAAUCAAACUCUUCAGGAAAUUUUAUUAUAACUACCACUACUCCUGAUAAAAGUUCAAAAUUUUCAAAACAUUCAGUAUCAACACAAACUGCUGCUGGACAACAAGUUCUACAAAUUUCUCCAACAUCAACUUUAUUAGUUGCAACUAAUCGUAAUUCUUAUGUCGGUAGUCCACCUGAUACAACAACAUUAAGUCCUGUUAGUGGUCAUAGUCCUCCAACAAAAGUUGAGAUGCCCUCAAGUUCAGUUACUGCCGACUUAGAUGCUGCUCUGUCUCCAUCUUCAACGUUUUCUGAUAUACACAACAGGCAACCAAUGGUACAUUGUAUUUCAAGUAGUAAUGUUGUUGAUUGGUCAGAUAAUUCAACUGAUGAAAGAAAAACUGUAUCAAGUGCUUCUGGUUCACCUAAUAUGUAUUCUGUUGAACAUGCAUACCCCAGAUGAUAAAUACUGUAAUGAUAGAGAUUGUUCAAAAUCAUUAAGAUCAAGUAGAAACGUGAAGAUUUUAACUUGUCCAAGGAGUAAUGACUUUUUUUUUUAAAAGUGGUUUCUAUGCUUUAAUAACAGUUUCAUUACUAUAAAUUAUCUCAUCAAGUUCCUAUGAAUACUUUAAUUCAUCUGUAUUAUACAUCUUUUAGAAGUGUAAACAUGUCUUAUAAAACUAAACUAAACUAAAGAAUGUCAAUGUAAUAUUUGUUCUAAGGAAACAUGCUAUAUGAUUAUUAGAAAUAAAAAAGUAUUUCAUCGUAAUCAAAUAUUUUCCUUACCAAUUAUUUUAUAAAUUUUCUAUGAAAAUUACCUCUUAAGUAAUGUUGCAAAGUUGUUCAGCAAACAAGUCCUAUUAUGGAACUUAAAAAAAAAACAAUUACAAUUGUUGGUAUUUAAUUGAAUAUUAAUGGCUUUUUUAAUUAAUUUAGUUAUACUUUCAUGUAACAUUUUUUUAAAUACAACUUAUUUAAAUUAGAUUCCAUCCUGCUUAAUAUUAAUGAAAAAUAGGUUUUAAAUAUUUAAGUAUACUUAAAAUAUGAGUGGUAUUACAAUUUUUUUAAUAUGUUAGUAAAUAUUUUUAUUAAAAUCAAAUUUUA